AUGGGCAUCGUGACCUUAGGCGCCGGCGCGGUCUUCCCGUUACACAGAACCAUGACCUUGGACACGAUCUUAAUUCUGGAAGGGGUCAUGGAACUGCAUCUGGAUUCUGGGGAGAUGAAGGUGGUGAAGGCGGGCGAUACGAUUGUGCAGAGGGGCACGAUGCAUAUGUGGAAGAAUGUUACGCCAGAGGGAGGGAAGGUGAGGAUGGUGGCGGUGGCUCAGCCUAUUGCUGGGCCGAUUGAGGUUGGUGGGAAGAAGUUGGAGACUGAGUGGAGGGUUUGA